AUGACCGAGGCUUCGCUGGUGGAGGGCCAGGUCAAGCUGCGGGACGGCAAGAAGUGGAAGAGUAGGUGGCUGGUGCUGCGCAAGCCGUCUCCGGUGGCAGACUGCCUGCUGAUGCUGGCCUACAAGGACAGGUCAGAGCGAGCCAGAGGGAUGCGGGAGCGCAGCAGCCUCGCGCUGGAGGACAUCUGUGGCCUGGAGCCCGGCCUGCCCUACGAGGGCCUGGCCCACACGCUGGCCAUCGUCUGCCUGUCGCAGGCCGUCAUGCUGGGCUUCGACAGCCGGGAGGCCAUGUGUGCCUGGGACGCCCGGAUCCGCCACGCGCUGGGUGAGGUGCACAGGUUCCACGUGACCGUGGCUCCAGGCACCAAGCUGGAGAGCGGACCCGCCACCCUGCACCUCUGCAAUGACAUCCUCGUCGUGGCCAGGGAUGUCCCUCCGGCCGUCACGGGGCAGUGGAAGCUGUCGGACCUCCGGCGCUAUGGGGCCGUGCCCAGCGGGUUCAUCUUUGAAGGAGGGACCAGGUGUGGGUACUGGGCUGGGGUCUUCUUCCUGUCCUCGGCCGAGGGACAGCAGAUCAGCUUCCUGUUCGACUGCAUUGUCCGCGGCAUCUCCCCGACCAAGGGCCCCUUUGGGCUGCGGCCUGUUCUCCCAGACCUGAGCGCCGGGGGCCCUGCCGUGGAGGAGCGCGUGGCCCAGGAGGCCCUGGAAGCCCUGCGGCUGGAGAAGCGGCUCAGCCUUCUGUCCCACCCUGGCUGGCCGGGCAGCGCAGGGGACGACCGCAGCCUGUCCAGCUCGUCGUCAGAGGCCAGCCACUCGGAUGUCAGCGCCAGCAGCCGGCUCGCGCCGUGGCCAGAGCCCUCCCCGUCCUCGGCGGGCGCGUCGCCGGAGGGUCUUGGGCUGGCGGCCGCCCAGACCCCCGGGGAGGCCACAGCGGGUGCCUCAAGGCCACCCCCCAGGCCGCUGCGGCCCCGGCAGCUGCAGGAGGUCGGCCGCCAGAGCUCCUCGGACAGCGGCAUCGCCACGGGCAGCCACUCCUCCUACUCGGGCAGCUUCUCGUCCUUCGCAGGCAGCAGCCUAGACGUGUGGCGCGGGGCCGAUGAGCUGGGCUCUCUGCUCAGCCUGCCGGGAGGCGGGGCGCCUGAGCCCGGCCUGUGCGCCUGCGCCCCCGGGGCGGCCGAGUACCAGGUGCCCACUGCACCGCGGCCCCACUACGACACGCCCCGCAGCCUGCGCCAGGCGGCCCGGGACCAGCCCCCCACCACACAGGCUAGCGCCAGCGACGGAGCCGCCGGGGACUUGGGCAGCCGGCCGGCGGCGGGGUGUCCCUCCGGCUGGCUGGGCGAGCGACGGCGGGGACAGGCGACAGAGGCCCCAUCGGGGCCGGGCGAGCCCUGGGAAGCGGGCGCCCCCCACGCGGGGCCCCCUCCGGCUCUCUUUUCCGCGUGUCUCGUCUGCGGAGGACUGAAGGUAAAUGCCCCUCCCUGA